CAAAAUGAUAUAUAGGAAAGACUUUCAAAACCUCCCAUUCCAUUCAAAUUUCUUCUCCAAAUUCUACGCUAACUCCAAACAAAUCACACCCAUUUUUUGUUACUCGCAACCCUCCUUUAGGGCUGCCCUUUUUCUGGGUUCUUGGUUUUUUUUAGAGAAUUCUCCAAAGCUUUUUAAAAUCUUUUAAUUGUUAGUUUUUAGUUUCUAGGUUUUGGCUAUAGCUAGCUGUUCCUAAAACCUCCUCUUUCAGUUCCUCAUAACACAUAUGGCAUUCUCUUGACGCUCCUUUUGUUUUAAAGUAGAUAUAAAUGCUAUGUACAUAUUCUGUUGUUGAAAAGAUCGAGUCUUUCUUUCCUUUUUUUUGGCUUUAGAAUUCUGGGCGUGUCUGGUUUUUGAUUGAAAGGGGUUUCUGAAAGUGUAUUUUGAUCGAAGUUUUGUGUCACAUAAUAUAUAUAUCAUUGUUAUAUCUCGAUCAAAAAAUUCAUUCAUUGAUCAUUUGAAGCUAGGCCCAUUUGUAUCCUUUUCUUCUAAAUUUAAAAGUGAAUUUUUUUAGAAGAAGAAAUCAACAUCAAGACACACAUUUAUUUACUAUAUAUUAACGUUCUUUGAACAAUGAGUUGUUGUUCAUGCUUUUCGUCACAGAAGAAGAAACCAAAAAGGACAAAUAGCACCAAAAGAUCAGUGCCGCAGCCUCGGCCUGCCUCUCCUCCUCGUCAAAAAGAUGCACAAACACAAGUGCAUCCACGGCCUGCUGAAAUUCCUAAACCAAAGCCCCCGACUAAUAAUCAUGAGCCUCAUGUCCAUAAGGAUGCCACUAAUAAUAACAAUCACAAAGAAGAUGGCAGCAACAAUAUAGCAGCACAAACUUUCACUUUCCGGGAACUGGCCACAGCUACAAAGAAUUUCAGACAAGAAUGUCUAAUUGGUGAGGGUGGAUUCGGAAGAGUAUACAAAGGAAAACUCGAAAACACUAAUCAGAUAGUGGCCGUGAAGCAACUUGAUAGAAAUGGGAGGCAAGGAAACAGGGAAUUUCUCGUGGAGGUGUUAAUGUUAAGUCUCUUGCACCAUCAGAAUCUUGUAAAUCUUAUUGGAUAUUGUGCUGACGGAGAUCAAAGACUUCUUGUGUACGAGUACAUGGCAUCAGGAUCUCUUGAAGACCAUCUACUAGAACUUCCACCGGAGCAAAAGCCAUUAGAUUGGUUCAUAAGAAUGAAAAUAGCACUGGGUGCUGCUAAAGGUUUAGAGUAUUUGCACGACAAGGCCAACCCUCCUGUGAUAUAUCGCGACCUGAAGUCAUCAAACAUUUUGCUUGACGAGGAAUACAAUGCAAAGCUCUCUGAUUUUGGGCUAGCCAAGCUUGGACCUGUAGGGGACAGGACUCAUGUUUCUUCAAGAGUGAUGGGAACAUAUGGUUACUGCGCGCCAGAGUAUCAAAGGACAGGCCAAUUAACAGUUAAAUCAGAUGUAUACAGCUUCGGAGUUGUUUUGUUAGAGCUAAUUACGGGAAGAAGAGCCAUUGACACCACAAGAUCAACCCAUGAGCAAACUCUAGUUACCUGGGCACAGCCAGUAUUCAAGGAUCCAAAUAGAUACCCCGAACUUGCUGAUCCUCUUCUUGAUAAAGAUUUCCCCGUUCGAGGCCUAAACCAAGCAGUUGCAGUUGCAGCGAUGUGUCUACAAGAGGAAGCAGGAGUUCGGCCAUUGAUGAGCGACGUAGUCACUGCUCUGAGUUUCCUGGGAGGAGACCCUGAAGCAGCAGGAGCUACAUACACUACUUUAGCUACUUUAGCUUCUAUACCAUCAUACACAGCUGAAGAUGAUUGCAGUGAAGAUGACAUGCGAAAACCCGAAGGAGCUGUUGCAGAAGGCAUGGAAUGGGGCUCCUCUUCAAGGCCUGGGACAUCGCGGAGUGAAAGUGUUUGUUCAUCUUAGAAUAUCCUGCCAUUUGUGGCGUUCUAGUAUAUCAAUAUGGAUAAUGGGGUUUCUCCAGGAAGAUAUAUUCUUUAAUCCUUCAAUUCAUUAUAUACCAACUUGAGGAGUAAUAUGAGGAUGUCAACUGAAUUGGAGCGAGCAGACAUUUUAACAUAUACAGAGAUGAAGCUGAAAAGGAGAAGGAAUUUAGUCCAUUUCACAAGUGAAGAAAGAGAUGAGUUAAUUCUGAGAAAAUGGUAUUAGGUUUUGCCACUCAUCAUUAAAUGAUUAUAUACAUUAUUGAUUCUAUCAAAUUGCGCAUGUAGUUCACAAAAGAAAAACAUCUUUUUUGGGUAAUUUCACUUGUUAUCCUGUUGUUGUUAUUAGCUUAAUUGA